AUGUACGAGUUCGAUCUAGAUGGUGAUGGUAUUAAUGUAUAUGUUAGUAUUGGUCAUCCCUUAGAGUCAUCAAUUGUACCUGAAGAUGUUUUCCUAGCUGCCAUUGAAAUAUGUAAAGCACGUGCUAGAAGAAACUUUGGCAAGGCAAAUGACCUUUGCCAAAAAACAAGGCAAGUUGGAUACCGGUUGAUAAAUCAUGAAAACAAAAGGAUUCUUGCUUGCAAGUAUCGGUUUCGACUAAAAGGUAUCGAUGCACCAGAGAAUGAUAUGCCAUAUGGAAAAGAAGCCAAAGAAAAGUUGAUUAAGUUGGUUCAUGGGAAGCAAUUGAUGAUACUCGUCUAUGACAUGGAUCGUUACGGUUGCUACGGCUUUGGGCAUCACCAAAUCCUGACAAGCCAUGGGAUUAGAGGAGGGACAGACGAGAAGGACGAUAGUGUGGCAUUCCCACCGGGGGACCCAGCUAGAAUGGUUAAAGACGUUCCCUUCGGGGGAAACAAAAGGUCUGGGGUUCGAGGUUGGGUGAGCCCUGCAGAAGCGCUAUAUGGCUGGUGA